ACAGCGGCCCGGCGGCGGCGGGCGGCGCGGGCGAGCGGUAGGCAGUUAUCGCGCGCAAGUACGUCGAGUGCCAGUGGCCUGGUAACUGUCCGUCCCCCCUCCGUGCCUACCGCUCGCCGCCGCGCCGCUGGGUCUUCGGAGUUCCUAAACGCAGAGGGUUUUCAACAGUCAUUACUGUCGUGCGCGUUAAUAUAUUUUUUUUGUUGUGUAACAUGAUGUGUAUUAAGAAGUCAACAUCUGGCCAGUUGUGUGCUGUACAUGGAUGCAGAUCAAGUAAAAGAAACAACAAACUAAAUCUUUCGUUUUUCUCAUUACCUAAAGAAGAAGACAGACGCAAAAAAUGGACAGAAUUGAUUGGCAGACCUGAUUUAGAUACUUCAAAAGCAAAAACUACUUUUGUGUGUUCACUACAUUUUGACCCUUCUGUGAUUAUAAAUAUACCAAAAUUACAUCCUGAUGCUUUGCCGUCACGUUGUCUUCCGUCUGAGGCUCAAAAGGAAGAUUUACAUCCUGAACCUGGAACAGCAUCUUAUAAUUGUACAUUAAUGAAAAGACCUACCCAGGAAGCAUCUACUCAGACUGAAUACUCCACUGCUGAAACAUUAAAAGCUCCUGCAGCCCAAUCAGAGUCAGAACCAACCACAGCCACGGUUUCAACCAACACACCAAGAAAAAGAAAACUUAAUAUUCGUUUGAAAGAAUUAACCAAGAAAAAGAAAACCCAAGAAUGAUUUGGACAGAACAAUCACAAUAGUUCAGAGGUUCUUUCAGAAGUAUUUUUUCAACCUGUCGAUCUAUUGCAUGCAAUUGUUAGCUUACAAAGUAGCAACAAUAAUAAAAAAUAAAUGUUAUCUUUUUGA